AUGAUGUUUUUACCAACAGUAUUUGCGGCUUUUCUGGCUGCUGCUCAAGCAGUUCCACUCUUUGAUACGGACACAAACUUUAUUAAAUUCCCUGUUGUUUCUACCAACCUUGCCGGGGGCUACAGCUCAACGCUGGCCAGAUCCAUGAGUUCUUCUGUCCCCGCCACGAAUGAGAACAAGGUCUACGUUGUUACCCCGACCAUUGGCAAUCAAAUCGUUCAAUUGAUCCUCGACACCGGCUCAUCUAAUUUAUGGGUAAAUGCCACGGGAAAAUACGUCACAACCACAACCUCACACGCAACAGGACGCUCCUUUGCCAUACAGUAUGGCAGUGGCCGCGCUUCGGGCUACCAGUACAUAGAUGAGGUUAGGAUCGGGAACUUGAAAGUGGCUCGUCAAAGUCUUGGUGUAGCGAACUUCACACUCGGCUUCCGAGGCGUAGACGGGUACCCUUCAUUGAUUUUUGGUGUGGGUCCGACAAGCCUGAGCUCCGGGGUUGUUCAAGGCGGGGAUAUCGUCCCCACUGUGCUAGAUAACCUCUGCGCAUCCAAAGCGAUCAGCGCCAACGUUCUUGGGGUUUACUUCAAGCCUCUCUCUCGGGCCAACACCAAUCAAAACAAUGGCGAGAUCAGUCUUGGGGGUGCAGAUCAUUCGAAGUAUAAAGGUGUUUUGAAGUACGCCCCGAUUACCAGGAGCAGCCACUACAAGGAGUUCUGGGGGAUCGAUAUCAAUAAAGUUUCGAAUAGCGGAAUGGUCAUUGGGAGGAAUCUUCAUGCCAUCGUCGACACCGGAACUACUUUGACCUACCUUCCUGAUGCCGUGUACUACAAGUUUGCCAACGCGAACAAUGGCUCCCGAGACUCCUCCAGCGGUUUGUUGGCUUUUGGGACUAAGCCUAAGGGGAUUCUUUCCAUUACUAUCGGGGGCCGAGACUUCACGUUAACGCCAGAUCAAUACCUUAUCCCCAGAUUCUUGUACCACUACUUUGAGCUUGAUGGUGACACUCGCUACUUCGCAUGGUUAGCAGCCAUCGGUUAUGGAGCUGAUAUUGAGUUCAUUCUUGGGCAAAAGUUCCUUGAGCACUAUUAUUCUGUAUACGAUGCAACCAGCAAACGUGUUGGUCUCGCUGCCAGUGCUUAG